GUGGCUGCAAGCCGGCCGCCCACUUCCAGGGUUUGGGGCGCAGGGAAAGUGAUGUGCGCUGUCUGAAGCCUCGCGGAGCCGCAACCGAAGCCGCUUCACCUGCCCAACUUUCUCCCCGCCCCUCCCAUUCCUCCUCUUGACCCUGCCCUCAAUCCUCCCCAAAGCCUCUUAGAGUGCGUGCGCUUGGGUACGGCGGUCGCCGGCUGUCUGGGAUGGCUUCCAAUUUUAAUGACAUAGUGAAGCAAGGGUACGUGAGGAUCCGGAGCAGGCGCCUAGGGAUUUAUCAGCGAUGCUGGUUGGUAUUCAAGAAAGCUUCAAGCAAGGGUCCAAAAAGACUGGAGAAAUUUUCUGAUGAACGUGCUGCCUAUUUUAGGUGUUAUCAUAAGGUUACAGAGCUCAACAACGUGAAGAACGUAGCUCGGCUGCCAAAGAGCACGAAGAAACACGCCGUGGGGAUCUACUUCAACGAUGACACCUCCAAGACCUUCGCCUGUGAAUCAGAUCUUGAGGCCGACGAGUGGUGCAAAGUCCUCCAGAUGGAAUGUGUAGGGACACGGAUCAAUGACAUCAGCCUCGGAGAGCCCGACUUACUGGCUACCGGAGUUGAACGAGAACAGAGUGAGAGAUUCAAUGUGUAUUUGAUGCCAUCUCCUAACUUAGAUGUACAUGGCGAAUGUGCCUUGCAGAUUACAUAUGAGUAUAUCUGUCUUUGGGACAUCCAGAAUCCCAGAGUCAAACUCAUCUCAUGGCCACUAAGCGCCCUGCGGCGAUAUGGACGUGACACCACGUGGUUCACUUUUGAGGCAGGGAGGAUGUGCGAGACUGGAGAAGGGCUGUUUAUCUUUCAGACGCGAGACGGCGAAGCCAUCUAUCAGAAAGUUCACUCUGCUGCCUUAGCCAUAGCUGAGCAGCAUGAGCGCUUGCUACAAAGCGUGAAAAACUCAAUGCUCCAGAUGAAGAUGAGUGAGCGAGCCGCCUCCCUGAGCACCAUGGUGCCCCUGCCUCGCAGCGCCUACUGGCAGCACAUCACCCGGCAGCACAGCACCGGGCAGCUCUACCGCCUGCAAGAUGUCACCAGCCCUCUGAAGCUGCACAGAACAGAGACUUUUCCCGCCUACCGAUCCGAGCACUGACAGCGACGACCAAGAAUCGCCCGCUCACUUGGGAUGAGAUGAGUCAGCCACGCUGGAGGUUGCAGAGUGAUGGCAAGGGACGCCACGACCAAGAGAAACAGCGUAAAGUCCGGGCUAGUUGUGCGGUCCUCGGGAAACUCUGCAAUACAAUCAAUCAAUUUUUUUUUUUAAGUCUUAGCGUAAUUCAAACAUGCUCUAUAGGUAUCGACUUUUCGUUCGUCUUUUACGGCUGGGCAGAGAGGAGUCAAUCCCACCAAACGAUUUUCUAUUGUAGAUACCAUGUCCCCCUGCACUGCUCUGAAUCUGUCCUCUUGUGGAUUCUUGUGAUUUUCCUUCUGAGUGUUUCAAUUGUACCCGUCAGUACUGACAAUAA